UUUAAUUUUCUGACGGAUUUUAGAGAGGAUCAUUUUCACGAUUUUCAAUUUUUCAUGCAAAUGUUAUUAGAAUUUUACUAAUAUUUGAUUCAUCGAGGAUGUGAUUGUUCUUUUUUUUUUAUUCGCAGGCAUGAAUUUUUGAUAAAGAUUUUUUUUAUCGAAGUAAAUAAGGUAUUCCCAGAAUUUUAAUAGGGCCGGUAGAAUUUAUAAAUGAAAUGUACCAAGUUUACACUGAUAUUUUUUCAUACUGAACAUAAUUCCUAAAUUCCCCGAGAGAUGGCGAAAUCCCGGUGGAAAGUCGUUUGGGAUCAGCUGACGAGGUGGUAAUACAUUCCUCACGAAUCACUAAAUUCACCCACACAUUAUCAGAAUAACAACUCCCCAGUACCGUAAAAACGUUCAGAAUAACGACUCCCCAGUACCACAAACGUUGUCUGUGCUCUCCAACCCAAAACUUGUGAUUAAAGAUCAUUGAGAUUGAAAACCGAAGCACCAGCACUUUCAGUUAGAAUCUCACAUCAGCAGGUGGUCGAUUGUCAACUUACUCGAUUGUCCCUUAAAGUACAACAAUUAUUAAAAAUUAUUUCCUCAAUUCCCUCCUGAUUCUAUUAAAGUCACUGACAUGGCACCCCAAAAAGCCGAAGUUUCAGUGCCUAAUAGUAUCAAAUUCCUCAUUGGUGGAACCUCCGGAAUGGCAGCAACGUGUUUCGUUCAACCUUUGGACCUGAUAAAAAAUCGAAUGCAACUCAGUGGAACGAGAGUUUCCACGAUGAGUGUUGUAUCGGGAAUCUUCAGGAAUGAGGGAGUUCUCGCCAUGUACUCGGGACUUUCUGCUGGACUCAUGAGACAGGCAACAUACACAACUACAAGGCUGGGAAUCUAUACUUGGCUAUUCGAAUUAGCAUCAAAAGAUGGUCAACCGAAUUUUCUAACGAAAGCAGCUCUGGGAAUGGCCGCAGGUUGUGUAGGGGCUUUCGUAGGGACUCCAGCUGAGGUCGCACUUAUCAGAAUGACUGCUGACGGUCGAUUACCAAUCGCUGAACGACGAAUGUACAAAAACGUAUUUGACGCAUUAUUUCGAAUAAUAAGGGAAGAGGGUUUAUUGACACUGUGGCGUGGAGCCAUUCCAACAAUGGGGAGAGCUAUGGUGGUAAAUGCAGCUCAAUUAGCAUCAUAUUCACAGGCAAAACAGGCUCUGCUGGAAACUGGUUAUUUCGAGGAGAAUAUUAUGUUACAUUUUGCUAGCUCAAUGAUCUCGGGACUAGUCACAACUGCUGCAUCAAUGCCUGUUGACAUUGCAAAGACAAGAAUUCAAAACAUGAAGAUGAUCGAUGGAAAACCGGAGUACAAAGGAGCUCUGGACGUUCUGGGAAAGGUGUUACGUAAUGAGGGGGUCUUCGCCCUGUGGAAGGGCUUUUUUCCAUAUUAUGCUAGAUUAGGACCCCACACGGUCCUCACCUUUAUCUUCCUCGAGCAAAUGACUUCUUCUUACAAGCAGCAUUACUCGUAAUUCGUGCUGAUUAAUGAAAUAUUAUGUGCCAGACUAUGUGGAAUUCCUCACUGCUUUUAUUCAUUGUACGAAAUUAUUCGUUUCCUAAUUCGUCUCUUUUUGAGGGACACAAGUCAAUGAUCAUUAUUUAUGGCCGUGUGAAGCGUAGAUUAACUGACGCACGUGGGAAUUACUUUUAUUCAGUGCACGAAUGACGCACAAUUUUUGGAAUUAAUAUUUAUGACGAAUUUAUUGAUUUUGGUAACGAGAUGGUGAAAUAAAAUGAGUUUUUUUUCGCUCGAAAUUAAUUUCUGAAUAUCGUUUAGAAAUUCUCUUGAUGUGAUGUUUACUCAUUUUAUUUUUUUAAUUCGUAUUUCGAGGAAGAAUGAAAUGAUGAUACGUAUGAAAAAAUUGUAGAGAAAAACCAAGUGAAUUCGCUAGACAAUUUCAUUGAAUUUCGACACCUUUUACAAUUCCAUUGUGCAAUUCCACUGGAAUUAUGAGAAUUGUCUUCUGAAUUUACGUUUUUCUAUUAUAUUUUUCGGUGGGCAGAAGAAAUAGACUAGGAAAAAACAGCCCAAACAUUAAAAUUGGUGUAUUUUUCUGUUGUCUAUUCGUUCAGGGAUUCAUAAUUUUCAAUCCGUGGAUGUACGUCAAACUUUAGCAAAAUUAGGUAAUUAUAAUUAAAAACGAUUGGAUAAUUUAAAUGCCAUAUGAUGAUCGUGUGAAAUAGACUCUUCAUUUAUUCUUGAAGGUUCACCAAAUAUUUUGUGUUCUUAACCGUAAUUUAAAAACAGAAACGAUGCAUUCUUCAAACAUUCUGUCAAUGUAAAGUACGAAAGUCGUCAGGAACGACUCUGCGUGUUAUUCUUGUUAUUAAUGUGUGGAGAAGAAUUCUUGUACCAAUCGUUGUUCAUGAAAUAAUGUAUAUAGUGUAAUUCGGAGGAUUAGAUCUAGAAUCAUGAAUUAAAAACGAUUACCUUAUUUUGUUAAAACUCAACACCUCCUUGUGUAUAGCGUAAUUUUAUAAUAAAUAUUCAUUGAAUCCCGUUUA